AUGGCUAUGACUGAAAAUAGCCCCUCCGAUGAUAAGCUGUCUGCCCUGUGGCACGCGGCAUGCACCGAUUAUGCGAAGGAGACAGGGACGCCGCUGGUGGCGGGCGAGCUCCCCGAGCUGCGCGGGCCAGAAGAUCUCUCACGACACCUGGAGAAUGAGAAGGACAAUUUCCAAGACUUUCGAAUGAAGCGACGACCCUUGUUGCACGCAAUGCAGACCGUUCUCGCUCCUUUCGAGACGUGGGGUGGUCUUAUCGCGGUCACCUCGUUCCCUCCGGCCUCGACGAUCAUGAGUGCAAUGCUCCUUCUCGUGCGCGGGGUGCGGAAGGUGAGCGAAGCGUUCGACAUGAUCACGGCCAUGUUCCGCAAGCUGGGCCACUUUGCGCUGCGACUGGAAUCGUACAGGGGCGUACCGCUGAGCGAGGGGAUGAAGGUGAUUAUUGUCAAGGUCUUAGUCAACUUUCUGCGUGUCUGUGCCGCAAGCCAGAAACUUGUGACCCGCGGUUCGUUCAAGGCACGGUUGACACAGUGGGCGAAGAGUACAUUUUUGGAGGAUGGAGAGGUUGGCCGGCUGCUUGGAGAGCUGGAGGAGUUGACCAGUCAGGAGCACAUGAUGGUUUCGGCCCAUGGCUUGAAGCUCACGAACCAGGCGCUGAAGAACACAGAGGAGCUGCUGGAGAGGGAAAAUCGAAGGAACGAUCGCGAGAGAUUGCAGAGGGUCAAGGCGGCGCUGAGUCCGGUCCCUGGGUCGAGUCAGAUCUUCUCGUCCAUCAACGAGAGUCGGAUUCCAGGGUCGGGUGCCUGGGUUGAGGAACGGCUUCGAUCUUGGUGGGAGGGGUCUGAACCGAUCCUGUGGCUCCACGGGGGCCCCGGAGUGGGCAAGUCGUUUCUUGCGUCGAAGAUUAUCACCGAGCUCUCCAAGGGGGAGUUGUCUGCGGGCCCUGCGCCCGUGGUUGCAUCCUUCUUCUGCAGGAACAACGACGUCGAUCUGCGCUCGCUCAACAAGGCGCUGCGGACGCUGGCGUGGCAGGUCGUGGCGCAGCGCGAGGACUUUGCGGCGCAUGCAGAGGAAUUCUGUCUAAAAGAGGACGUUGAGAACAGUUAUGCUGUUUGGCGCAAGCUUUUGCUGGGCUAUCUGGCCGAGGUUCCAGCGCAGGGGACGUGUCUUGUUAUCGACGGUAUCGACGAGGCCGAACCCGAGGAACAAGAGAUCCUGUGCAGUCUCCUCGAAAAGACCUUCUCGGAGGAGGACAUGAGUCGGCCGCCGCUGCGCGUUGUGAUGCUGAGCAGAGACUCCUUGCGGGGUGUACUCGACGAGCACUCGCUGGCCUGGAUCGAUGAGGUCGAGGUCGGCAAUAACCAGAACAAGGACGAUCUGCACGGAUAUGUGGCCGAGAAACUGCAAAAGACCAAGCUGUUCCGCGGGUCGCCGGAAUUCCAAGAGGAGGUCGUGAAGGAGAUCAGUCGGGAGGCCGAAGGGCUUUGGGAAUGGGCGAAUCUCGUCAUCAAAUCGGUGCUGCGAUGUCGGACAAAAGAACAGAUUCGCAAAGGAAUCAAGACAAUGCCCCGUGGGAUAAGCGCGAUGCUCACUCAGGAGCUGCAGCGUCUUGGCCGUGAGCUCUCGGUCGCGGACGAGAUGUCUGGCGGCGAAGAAUCCGAAAGGGAAGGCGCGACCCAGAUCGACCAGCUGAACAUCGUGCUGUCCUUUGUGACACUCGCGCAGAAGCCUCUGACAGUGACGCAGAUCGAGCUCAUUCUCGAAAUCAUCUUCAAGGAGGAGGUAUUGAACCUGGAGGAUGAUCUUCGAACGAUAUACUCUUCCCUGUUUCUGCUCCGGACCGACGAGGAUGCCGAAUCUUCCUCCACCGAAGGUGUCAACGUCGUUGUACUACGACACAGUUCAUUCUACGAAUUCUUCAGAUCGAGCCAACAUUCAGGGCCCGUUGGCGUCAACGUGGAUCAAGCCCAAGUCAACUUUCUGUAUGCGUUCCUCUACGCGCUGCGUGAAGACCGCACACCCACAACCGGAAGUUGGACAGACCCUCUGCAGGAGUAUGCCCAGAGCUUCCUGCCGACGCAUUUGAAGGAGGCGAACCCAGAGAAGGCUGGGAAAUUACACGGGAAGAUUUCAGCCCUCCUCGAUGACCUUUUUACGAAGGAGGAAUGUCGCCGCUGGUUUUUGGAAAACAUGCUCAUCAGGGACUUCACCCAGUAUUGCUUCUACGCCACCUCCGACGUAACCAAGUUAGGCGAGUUCUGGCUUGAUCUCACAGACCGCGAGCUUGUAAACAAGCGGGCGGAGAUGGCCCUGCAGUGGCUGCUCCCAGAGACAAAACAAACCUUCCAGGAGCACGCCCACGCUUCAAAAGUAGCCAGCGAUGUGUGUCCUUUUGCAGUGCUCUUCUCCCACAUGGCCGAAUACUGGUAUCGACUCUGGCUUGAGCCGCAGCGAAUCACAGACGGCGACGGGUCACCUGCUACGAUCCCAGCGCUGUUGGCAUUCUACAACGAUAUGGUGAGUGAGUACUCGAAGGACCCCGGCACCCGCGAGCAUGAAAUCACGCUUUCGGUGCGACGUUCUCGUGAUGCUCCAGCGAUUCUGGCAAUCGCUGAGCUUCACGGGCAUGAGCAAACGCCUCUCUGGCAUGCAAGAGUGGCUCAAGGACUGCUGUUGAACUUUCAUUGCGCAGAAGCUCGGGAAAGUUUCCGGGUUGCCCUGGCCGAGCAAGAGAAGACGGCCACCUUUGAUCCACCGUCACUCUCCGUCAUACAUAGAGACCUGUCUCGCGCGUGCACCGAGAUCGGAAGACACGUAGAGGCGCUAGAGCACCAUGAAAUAUCCCAGUCGCUCGUCGCGGAUGCUGAGAGGUCAGAGGUAGUUCCUGGUGAUGGUGUUUCCCAACUGCUAAAUGCUGCGCGACUGAAAUACCGCGCGAAGAGGACACAGGACGCAGUUGAAACAGCGAACGAGGCAUGGGAUCUAGCGAUUAAACGGGACCGCUGGUGGUCCACCGAUUUCGAAAGCUUCUUCAACAUCUUCCUUGAACUACACCAGCCGCAACGUCUCCGACCAGUGUUGGAUCGCGCAUUUGAAUUCUACGAGGUUGAGCGGACAGAACAGUACUUUUACAAGGACCUUGCGGACUUUCUAUUUAAACAGCUGACCUACAUAACUCGCACGACUUACCGUCUCCUUCAAUAUGUGCUCACUCCCAAUGAUGGUGAGCACCUUGAUCGUGUUGUCGCCAUCCUGGAAAACAUCGAUACUCUGGAGCGGAGGCGGGAAGAUAUUCCAAUUUACAAGUAUCUGAUGGCAACAGUCCUGUUCAGCAAAGGUCGGGUGAAUGUUGGUCUCGACGGGUGGUGCCAGGUUCUAAUUGCCACUGGCGAUGGAGACUUCCCUCGCUGGGACAUCAAGUAUUCACAAGCACGAGCAGCAGGCCAGUUGGUGACUGUGUGCCUCGAGCAUCCAGCCAUCUCUCCGUGUGAACGCUGUCCCAUGACACUGGGUUCAGACGAACAGACAGACGAGACCUGCUUGAUUAUAUCGGCUUGGCUUCGCAAGCAGGGUGAUAUCGCAAAUGCUCGGGACGUUCUCCGCUGGCGGGUUAAACAUUGCAUUGCCUUGCUAUCCGACGAUGACAUUGGAAAUGAUGAGGACGCGUUCAAGACUCUGUUCAGAACGUUUGUGGCAGACCCGGACAGCGAUGCCGACCGCGAGGCAGCAUUGUAUUGCAUCAAGGCGUCUCAGGAGCGCUUCCUCGGUCUCCUCACUGAACCCAUGGGGCAUCAAAAGGCCAACGAGGAUGCUGCAGUUGGAGUAUCGGAAACGUGGGCGGAUAACAACAAUGAAGGAACCUUUGAUGUUGGAGACGCUCUCGAGUCAAAGACGUGGAAGCUCGGCGACGACCUGAGCGAAUGUUCCAGCUGUCGGGAAGGCAUUUCCUAUAUCCACUUCUGGUACUUUUGUCGCUCGUGUCCGUAUACGAUGCUGUGCCGCCGGUGCUACACUGAGCUGCAGUCCGCGGAUCACCCGUCGGGGCAUUUGACCACCUGCAUUUCCGAGCACGAAUUCUGUUUCACUGGAGGGUUGAUCCGCCCGUCGGAGGUCGUAGACGAGGGGAUGGUGCCGCUCAUCUCGGCGGAGGGUGAGAGGCAAGUUAUAUGGGUGGAAGAGUGGAAGGAUAGACUUGCAGACAAGUGGAAGACGGAUGACUUUGAGUUUGAGGGGGGGUUGUCCGCCUGGUGUAUGCGAGUCUUGCCGGAGCCUCAAAGGACGCGGUGGGCAGCCUUCUUCCAGACGUGA